UUUUUCACUGUUUUCAAAAUUUUAAAAUAUAAAAUUGAAAAGCUUUAAACGCAACACCUCAAUAGCUUUAUAAGGUGUAUAAAAUGAAUUUAAGGGAAGUUCCGUAAUUUCGAAGAUUACCGUCAUUUCCAUUUUUUUAGCAAGAGAAGAACAAAAACUAGCGUUUUAAAAACAGAGUCGGAAAAAACAGUAUAUAUUAUUUUGUGUUUUGGGAUUUCGUAUCUAAGGCUUAAUCUAUACAAGAAAGGAUUUGAUUCUUGGAUUUCAUUGAAGUGAUAUUGAUAUGGUUUUGGGAAAGAAAAGCAGAAGUUGUAACUCAAGUUGUUGUGAUUUGAUUAGUGGGGUUGAUAAUGAGAGUUCAGAAAUGGGACUGGUAAAGUAUGGACGAACACAGAGGAAGAGGGUUGGUCUUUAUAAUAGUGGCAGCGAUUCCAUUAGCAGGACUCCAUUGAAGAAACAUUGUGCUCGAGAGAGAAUGAUUUUAAACUCAGAAAAAGAAACGUGUGCUCUUCAAGCUCUUCCGGAGGAAAUUCUGAUUCAGAUUGUAAGUGGUGUUGACCAUGAGGAUCUCAAUCAGCUUAAUCAAGUAGCAAAAUUCAUCAGAGAAGCGGCUUUGGUUGCGGAGAAAAUACAUUUCGCUUUUAGCACGCCGAAAAAGGGUCGUGCCUUCACAACCGCCAUUGAUUUAGAGGAUGUGAGCGAAGAUAUUGAAGCUCCUAAUGCUCCAAAACAGACUAGGGCAAGAGGGUCUCGGCUCACGGCAAAGAAGCUCGGUAGUAUAUCAGUGAACUUGUUUGGUGAGCCGGACAAGGACAGCAGUGGAAAUAAAGAUACAACCAACCAAUUCUGAUACACCAGUUUCUGUAAAUACAGAUUGAUACGGUUUGGUUGAUCAGAGGAAAAGAAAAGAGGGUUUGGCUUUGAGAGAGUUGCUCAAAUGGGAUUCAAGGCAGUACAUGUUUAGAAAUCUUUUACAAUCCAAGUUUCUUCAAUCUUCUUUAUUGAAGGUAAAUGGGUUGGAUUUGUUUGUAUCAUUCUGUAAAUUUACUUAGUUAGACAGAGAAUGGUAGAAAGUAGCUCCCACUAUUUUUCGAGGAAAGCCAAGCUUUUUGGCUCUUCCAAUCUCUUAGUCAUAAACAAAAAAAAUUGUUUAGAAAGAAUGUAUUAUAGUUAAUUCCACUUGCUCUUUGAGCUGUACAGUGAGAAAGGAAUAAAUUUGCUUUUGUAUUAA